AUGAGUGAAAUCCUGACAGAUGAGCAGAUAGAUCAGCUCUUGGUCGAGGCAGAAGCCCGCCUGCGAGAGAAAGCUGGUCUUUCGUCAACAUCAGCAGGCGCUGAUGAAAUCAGUCUCAACACCACCGGGGUGAAGACCAAGCAGAGGAAGCCUCUACCAAAACUGCAACACGGCCUCGCUCAGCAGACAUACAUCAAGGACAACCAUGGAGUCGCCGAGGCUAAACCACAGGCAACGAUCCCUAAGGAUCAACGCAAGCUAGCCGACGGGUUAAGGUCGGUCGAAGUGGCCGAGAAAGCGAAGAAAAUUAAUGAUCAAACUUCCGCCGGCCCCGACUGGUUCGACUUGCCCAAAACCAACCUGACGCCGCAACUGAAGCGUGAUCUUCAACUCAUCGAAAUGCGAUCAGUCCUCGAUCCACACCGGCACUACAAGAAGAAUAACCGGAAAGGAAAAGUCCCUACGUUUUCACAGACUGGCACUGUUAUUGAAGGCCCUACGGAGUUCUACAGCUCGAGAAUCAACAAGAAGGACCGCCAUAAGAAUUUCGUCGAAGAAGCCAUGGCUACAGAGAAGGAGACCGGUCGCUUCAAGAGGAAGUACAGUGAGAUUCAAGAAGCGAAGACCAGUGGCAAAAAGGCACAUUACAAGAAACUCAUGGCCAAGCGCAAGAAGAAGCCUUGA